AUGAGGGAGGCGCUGCGCGGACGCUCGGGUAACCAGCCGGCCCCAGGCAGCCCCCUCCGCCCCGCUGCCCCCUCCAUGGCGCCGCCCGGGCACACCUGGUCCCACACCCGCGCCGCGCUGGGGCGGCUGGAGAAGGCACUGAGCUGCUCCCGCUGCGCCGGUGUCCUGCGGGAGCCCGUGUCCCUGGGGCAGUGCGAGCACGUCUUCUGCCUGUGCUGCGUGGGUGACAGCGUUGGCAGCGGGUGCCCCGUGUGCCACGUGCCAGCCUGGGUGCAGGACGCGCAGAUCAACCGGCAGCUGGAUAACAUGAUCCAGCUGUGCAGCAAGCUGCGGCAGCUGCUGAGCGCCCACAGCUCAGGUUCAGCAGAGGAUCCAUCCACACCCCCUGAGUCAGAGUUGCAGAAGAAGAGCAAGAAGGAGCAGAUCAAAAUGUGGUUCAGCCCCAGGAGCAGGAAGAUUCGAUGUGUUGUGAACAGGAGUCAGGCUGGCACUAAAAGCACUAACCUUGCUCAAGACACAGCUUCAGUUUAUGAUUUCUUUCCUUCCCCUCCUCAUGAAAAGCCCUCUAAGCCAACAAAAAAACCAACUCAGAGGCAGAUUAAGAAGAUGAAGAAGAAGCACCUAGCAGACAUUAACAAAGUGUGGAGCUUAGAGAAACCUGAGCAGAAGAAAGCUGAGAAGGCUCCCAAGGAAAAGUGUGUGACCAUCUGCAGUCAGCCAGUAGUGCUGUGCACUCAGGAACCAGAGAGUCCUGAGCACAGCCCUCAGCAGGAGCCUGUCAAGGAAGCUGCCUCCAGCAGGAAUGCAGAAAAUACGGAAGUUGUACCACAGGUGGAAUCCCCAAAGAAAGAUAACAGUGAGGUUGUGUGCCCUGCACCAGAGAGCAAGGGAACACAGGGUGCUGCAGAGGCAUUGCUGGCAGCAGCAAGUGAAGUUACACCCUUGAAACGUGGCAGGGAGCAGUCCAGGCUGCAGGGGACUCCUCAGUCCAAGAGAGCCAGGAGAAGUGAGAGGGGCAUUCCUGGGAACAGGCAGGCUGACGGCUCACAGGAGUCUCUGCAGGGCUCCCCCAUCUCCCCAGCCGCUGAACUGACACCAGUCCACGUUUCCUCCUCUGCAUCCAAACUCACUGACACUGGAAUGAAGACAAGAAGAUCUGCAGCCCUUCAAGCCACUAACAGUCCUUCACUUUCAGAGUCUCCCUCUACCCCUUCCACUUCCAAGAGUUGCAGUCAAGGAGCAACCCCACUCAGUCCUUCUGUGGUGAAAUCCCCUGGUGUCAACUCCAUUGCCAGAAGGAAUUACAAGGGAGAGACUUUGCUCCAUGUUGCUUCCAUCAAGGGUGACUUGGCAGCUGUGGAGGAGCUGCUGAAAAACGGGGCAGAUCCCAAUGUCAAAGAUAAUGCUGGCUGGACACCACUGCACGAGGCGUGUAACCACGGGCACAGGGAGGUGGUGGAGCUGCUGCUGCGGCACCGGGCGCUGGUGAACACCACGGGCUACCAGAACGACUCUCCGCUGCACGACGCCGCCAGGAACGGCCACCUGGCCGUGGUGGAGCUGCUGCUGCUGCACGGCGCCUCCCGCCACGCCGUUAAUAUAUUUGGUCUGCGGCCUGUGGACUACGCAGAAAGCAAAAAGAUGAAAUCUCUGCUCAUGUUACCAGUGGAGAAUGAAUCACUUUCACUCACCCAGCCCUCUGAGGUGCUGAGCUCCAGCCAGCCAAGAAAUGGACCCCUUGGUAUACUGGGGAGCAAUCUUAGUGUAGAGCAGCAGAAAUUGCUGAACAAAUUAGCAGCAGUCCUGAAGGCCCAGAGGUGCACUGAAUUUAACAGCAGAGUAACUCAUCUUGUUAUCCCUGAUGUUCCAAUGCCAACCACUGUCAAGUGCAUGAUGGCUGUUCUGAGUGGAUGUUGGGUCCUCAAGUUUGAAUGGGUGCAAGCCUGCCUGCAGAGCUCAGCUCGAGAACAAGAGGAGAAGUACGAGGUGCAAGGUGGCCCCCGGCGCGGGCGGCUCAACCGGGAGCAGCUGCUGCCUAAGUUAUUUGAUGGAUGCUACUUCUAUUUUAUGGGAUCUUUCAAACAGCACCAGAAGAGUGACCUGCUGGAGCUGGUGAAAGCAGCAGGUGGCCAGGUGCUGGUUAGGCAGCCCAAACCAGACAGUGACGUGACCCAGACCAUCAACACAGUGUCCUACCACGCAGAGCCCACCUCUGACCAGAGGCUCUGCACUCACUAUGUCAUCUAUGACGGGGCUUCCAAGUUCCAGCCGCAGAAAAUCCGGCAGGGCAAGGUGUGGAUGGCCCCCUCCAGCUGGCUCAUAGACUGUGUGAUGUCAUUUCAGCUCCUGCCUGUGAAGGGAAUAUCAAACAGCAGCAAGGCUUUAAAAUGGGCUCAGUCUGGGGCAGCUGGGACGCUCUGAAAGGCUGCUCUGAAGCUGGGAUUUCUGGUUUGGAUUCAGGGGAGCUUUGAGCA